GAAUAGAGCCUCCUAUAACCGCGACUACGCCGACGCGCCUCCGCAACACUUGACGAACCUCCUCAAGUCCGCCUCGGCCUCCUGCCACCUAGCACAUCAGCCAACCUACUAGAUCUCGCAUUCGCUAUCAUAUAUGUUCACAGCCUAGGACAAACGGCUCCACAUCGGCCACGCCAUUGCCAACGACAUGGCCGACAAUCCCCGUAGCAAGAGGAAGGCAACCUCCCCAAUGCCCGAUACUGGAUCCAAGAAGCAGCGAACCCAAUCGGAGGCGGUUUUAGGACAAGUCCAGCCGACAACACCCCCUUCAACCAAGCCCUCGUCGCGCACCGAGCAGCUCCCAGCAGCUCCCCCUCCUCCUCUUGCGGCGAAAGAAGCCCAGCGCGAACCCGAUGCAGCCCCUGACGGCAUGGAAGGAAAGCAGCCCGACAGCGCGCCCGCGCUUCCCGCAUACCUAAGCACCAAGGAUUCAAAGGUCUCAUUCCUAAAGUCACUGGCAGGCAAGUCCUGGACGCCCGGCGGCACGGCCAAAGAACCGCCAAAGCCGCAGCGCGGGCGCCGGGCUUUCUUGGAGAAGCCGAAGUCGGAGGCGAACGCGGCGCCCAAGCAGGCAGCGAAGCCGGGGAAGAAAGCAGUCACCGCGGGCAAGGCCAACGACGACGACCAGGCCACGCUGCCAGGUGGCGAGCAGACGGUACAGCCGCCGCGAGCUUCCUUUGAUGAUUACCUAGCGUAUUGACAUAGCGAAGACAGGGAAAGCCGCGAGGACUGCCGGAUUGGCUCUCGAGCGCAAGGGCGAUGACCAGUCUGCGAAACCGACUGCACUACAGGCGACACGGCGGGCAGAGAGAGUCUCUGAUCGGACCGCAGUGUCUAGAUCAGAUGAGAUUUCCGCGGCCACUCCAUCUUCCAAGAAGACAUCUAAGAAGCCA